GUGCUGCAGGUCGGGGCGCUGACCAUGAGGAUCCCGCUGCUGGUGUCCACGGGGAUCCUGCUGCUCGCUCUCCUGCCCUGCCGCGACGGCAGAGCUCUGAGCCGCGCCCGGCCGCAGCAGGAGCUACUCCCGCCGCCGCCGCCGCCGCCGCUGGGGCCGGGGCCGGCCGCGCUGCUCCGCCUGGCGGAGGAGUACGUCCUGCGUCUGGGCAGCCCGGGCCGCGGGCCGGCCUCCCCCGCGCCGCCCGCCGCCGCCGGCCCCUGGCUGCGAGCCCCUGCCCCGCGGCCGCAGGCGUUGCCCGAGCGCGGCGCCGCCCGGGAGAAGCGCUCGGACGAGCCGCCCAUCUCGCUGGACCUGACUUUCCACCUCCUGCGGGAGGUGCUGGAGAUGGCGCGGGCCGAGCAGCUGGCGCAGCAGGCCCACAGCAACAGGAAACUCAUGGAGAUUAUCGGGAAGUGAG